UCUCUGAUCUCUCACUUCAAUUUCUUCUCUCUCUCUCUCUGUUUUGUAUGCCUUUCAACCUUAUCUGUUCAAACCACAGGAAGAAAAGAUAUACGUAAAAAGACCAAAUAAAACAGUAAUUCAAGAAGGAAUUUUUUUUUUUCCUAUCUCGAAAACAAACCUUAGCUUCAGUCAGAUUCGCAGAGAGAUAAUUACGCUAGCCUUUACUUUUUUUUUUUUUUUUUUCUAUUUCAUUUGAUUUGGGUUUUUUUUUUUUCCUACAUAUUUCCUCCUUUCUCCCUUCUUUCUUCAACUCUCUAAACUUAGGACGGAGACAUGUCAAACUGCUACUUGUUCUAACACCCAUUUACUUUGAUUCUUCUCUUUUGUGUUAUUGCUUUUUGGCAGAAGCAGUUCCCUCCUCCCCCCUUCGCUGUUUACCUUGCUUGGAAGGUGGGGUUUUGUUGCUUUCCUCUCUACCUCUGACUUUCUUGAUUCCCUCCCUUCAUUUUAACAGAUUCCCUUGCUGGACUUUUCAUUUCUUAUUCUUGGGUUUUAAUUUUUAAGUUUUGUUUCGCAAACCCACAUGCAUGUUCAUGGGUUUGUCUGAUCUGGAUUGGAUCACAAGGAUCUCUUGUUCCUUCUUUCUAUUUGAAGAGUAGUUUGGAGAGAGAGAGAGACAGAGAGUUUGGAGAGAGAGAGAGGUACCGUGCUCUAUUUUCUUUUCCUUGUAAAAUCUUGGUUACUUGUGGGGAUUCAUAGAAGCUGGGGAAAAGAAAGGAGAAGGAGGGGGAGAAGGUGAGGUUUCUUGGCUUCCAGGACCUUUUCCUCGGUCCUACUCUCUUAAUUCCUUUCUUUUCAUAUCAGAUAGGCAUAGCUACGAUUGUCUCUUUCUUGGUGUUGUUUUCUUCUGCCAUAUCGGUGGCCAGUUGAAUUGACUGUGUCCCAUUUCUGGUAAAGAUUGCGCGCAAUUGCUCUCAUAUUCGCCAUCAUUUGAUCAAUGAAGAGAGUUUUCUUUUUUACUUUAGGGGGGGUCCCUGGGAUUUGGAUUGGAGCAGUAAUCAUUAAUGGUAUUUAGUUGAUUUUGGAUAUUGGAUGAUUGAAUUGGGUUUUUGAUUGUUCGUAUUAGUCUGGGGGUGAUCUCACCUGCCUAUAUUACACGUACACACACUAACUCCUGAGGCAUGGCGGGGAUUGAUGUUUCCAAGUAUGCCCACAGCCCUGUGCACAGGGCCAUUGUUACCAGAGAUUAUGCCGGUCUCAGGAGGAUGCUAGCUGGUCUUCCUCGUCUGUGUAACCCGGCCGAGGUCCGCACUGAAGCAAUUUCAAUGGCUGAGGAGGAGAAGGCCGAUGCAAUUUCAGCUAUGAUUGAUAGGCGUGAUGUUCCUAAUCGUGAUACGCCUCUUCAUUUGGCCGUCAAGCUCGGAGAUGAAACUGCAACUGAAAUGCUUAUGGCUGCUGGUGCGGAUUGGAGUUUGCAAAACGAGCAGGGAUGGAGUGCUCUGCAGGAGGCUAUUUGCAACAGAGAAGAGAAGAUUGCCAUGACUAUAGUCAGGCAUUAUCAGCCAUUGGCAUGGGCAAAAUGGUGUAGAAGGUUGCCUCGUUUGGUGGGGACUAUGCGAAGGAUGAGAGACUUCUAUAUGGAAAUUACUUUCCACUUUGAGAGUUCUGUCAUACCCUUCAUUUCUAGGAUUGCUCCUUCAGACACCUAUAAGAUUUGGAAGAGGGGUGCAAAUCUGAGGGCAGACAUGACUUUGGCUGGAUUUGAUGGAUUUAGGAUUCAGCGUUCUGAUCAGAGUAUUCUUUUCCUUGGUGAUGGGUCUGAGGAUGGACAGGUCCCUCCUGGCUCCCUUUGCAUGAUAUCACACAAGGAUAAAGAGAUUAUGAAUGCUUUGGAUGGUGCUGGUUCUCAAGCAUCCGAAGAAGAGGUUCAACAAGAAGUGGCGGCAAUGUCUCAGAUUAAUAUUUUCAGGCCUGGGAUAGAUGUCACUCAGGCUGUUCUUUUGCCACAGUUGACAUGGAGGCGUCAGGAUAAGACAGAAAUGGUGGGUCAGUGGAAGGCUAAGGUCUAUGACAUGCACAAUGUGGUUGUUAGCAUUAAAUCUAGGAAAGUUCCUGGGGCUAUGACUGAUGAUGAGUUCUUCUCGUCUUGCAAUGAAAAUGAAGCAGAGAGUGAGGAACUUGAUGACAUCUUGACAGAAGAUGAAAGAAGGCAGCUGGAAGUUGCUCUCAAAUUGGAUUCAUCAGAAUUGAAUAAUGAGAAUGCCAAUAGUGUUGUUGGGCAUCGCCAUAGUUUUUAUGAGCAGAGGGAGAUUCCUAUUGAGGAUGUGAAUGGUUGCAGAAAUGGGGAAGCUAAACAAGAAAAGAAAGGAUGGUUUGGUGGAUGGAGGAAACGGGACACGAAGCCUGAAGUGCAGAAGAAGAUUUCACCACCUAGAACUUCUCUCUGUGUAGAUGAUAAGGUGAGUGAUCUUCUUGGGGACUCCCCAUCUGGAAGUCAGCCAAAGCCUGGAAGACAUUCUGUUGAGGUUAUUGUGAGAGAGGAGCAUAGGAGAGGAAGAGAUUCCAGAAUGUCUUCCUCUACAAGUUCUGAUGGUGGAAAUAGACGGAAGGACGGAAGUCGCGAGAGUGAGUAUAAGAAAGGAUUGAGGCCUGUUCUUUGGCUUUCCCAAGACUUCCCCUUACAAACUGAAGAACUCCUGCCUUUGCUUGACAUUCUUGCCAACAAGGUCAAGGCAAUUCGCCGGUUGAGAGAGCUGCUCACAUCAAAGCUUCCAGUGGGAACCUUUCCUGUCAAGGUUGCUAUCCCAGUGGUUCCUACCAUAAGAGUGCUGGUAACAUUUACAAAGUUUGAAGAAUUGCAGCCAGUGGAUGAAUUCUCAACGCCACCUUCAAGUCCAACACCUGCAGGCAGGGAUAGCCCAGCAAUAACACCGUCCUCUAGUUCAUCCUGGUUUCAGUGGAUAAAAACCCCAUACAGCCGGCCCAGCUCAUCUACCGGUGGUUGCAGUAGUAGGAUAGAAAAUAUCCAAGAUCCAUUUGCAAUUCCCCCGCACUACACAUGGGUAAGUGCAGAAGCAAAGAAAAAGAAGAUGCAGGAGAAGAACAAAUCAAAGAAAGGGAGAGGUCAGAGCCAAUGACAUGUUGUUUUACUUCGCGCGAGCAAGCAAGUGUUAUAGCAGAUAGCUAGGGAAAAUAGUGGUUUCAAGAGCCAAAUGAAAGUUGUUGAGGAAAAGUAAAAUAGUAUUGUUUGGGGGCAUAUGCUUCUAUAUUGAAGUAAAUGAAAUGUGGUAUAUUCAUUGUGGGGGGGUGCAGAAAGAGAGAAAAAAGAAAAAUUUGUGAUUCUUACAACCAUUUAGGUUAUACAUUGGCUUUCUUGUGGGUGUUAACUAACUUCUUUCUUGUUGGUU